ACAUUCAGCUCUCUCGCCGUGCUGCCAUAGAUCGUAGGCCUAUGUGUUGCCAUAGAGCAAGAAUACUUCCGUGAUGUUGCGUAAUCAAACAUUACGUGGGCAAACGCCGGACGGGGUAUUUUUAAUCGUAAUUUUUAAUCGUUGUUACUAAAAGCUAUUGAACCUGAGACCUUUUGUGAUAUAAUCAAGCUGUACAUGGAACCGUGGAACUAGGUUCUUCAGUGGCGUUUGACGGAGCUCUAUGAGAUCAAAGAAUUUAAAUUCAUUUUGUCGGGUUUCAUGAUCUCUUGGAUUCACUUCAGUUUCCCAAAAUAAUGACGAACGCCUAUCAACUGUAUUCGAAGGAGCUUCACGUGAUUGCUGUUAUUCACGUACUACUGCAGCUUGGUGCCGUAGGCGAGGGCGGGCCGCGCCACCAGCAGGCAGAGGGCGGCGCACAGCAGCGCGGCCGAGCGCGCGCCGACGGCUCGGAGCGUCAUGCUGCAACAGAGCGAAGGCGGCGUUCGAAGAACGUUCUCCACCGCUGUUGCACGCGUGCGUCAAGGCUGGCAGAAGUUGAUGGCACUUCGACGCAACCGAUGCUUAAGGGAAAAAAUACAUUCGCAGGGAACCUUCGGAAUUCUGAUGAUAGCAUUCAAGUUUUACUUCCUAAACGAACAUUUUGA